GCGGGGGCGCAAAACGGGAGUCGACCGGAAGCUCUCUUUUCGUCGUCGGGCACCUUGGGUCGAAAAUAGGGUUGCAGCCAGCCCAUAACAUUGCUUGCCCCUCGCUUGCUGAGUCGCUGUUCUCCAAAAGCUGAGUCGUUCUCCGGACUCCUAUCGUCUUCUACCCCUCGCUGCAUCCUCCUCUCUCUCUCUCUCCCCGCUAGGGUUUUCUGCCACGCUUCCGCCAGAGAUGGGGUCUUCUCUCCCCCAGAAGGAGGCGAAUCUAUUCAAAGUCAUCGUCAAAUCAUAUGAAACCAAACAAUACAAGAAGGGGCUGAAGGCUGCAGAUGCCAUAUUGAGAAAGUUUCCUGAACAUGGAGAAACCUUGUCGAUGAAGGGAUUGACAUUGAACUGCAUGGAUCGAAAAUCUGAAGCAUAUGAACUUGUUCGGCGUGGCCUCAAGAAUGAUCUUAAAAGUCAUGUAUGUUGGCAUGUUUAUGGUCUGCUGUAUCGAUCGGACAGAGAAUACAGAGAAGCAAUAAAAUGCUAUAGAAAUGCUUUGAAGAUUGAUCCUGACAAUAUUGAAAUUCUGCGGGACUUAUCACUCUUACAGGCUCAAAUGCGGGAUCUUACAGGGUUUAUUGAAACCAGACAACAACUUUUGACAUUGAAGCCAAAUCAUCGAAUGAACUGGAUUGGUUUCGCUGUUUCUCAUCAUUUGAGUUCCAAUGUUUCAAAGGCGAUAGAAAUCUUAGAGGCUUAUGAAGGGACACUAGAAGAUGAUUAUCCUCCAGACAACGAGCGCUAUGAACAUGGAGAAAUGCUUUUGUAUAAGAUAUCUUUGUUAGAGGAAUGUGGAUUGCUCGAAAAAGCACUUGAGGAAAUGCAAAAGAAAGAGGCUAAAAUUGUGGACAAAUUAGCGUACAAGGAACAAAUGGCGUCUAUACUAGUGAAACUUGGUUUCCUAGAGGAAGGAGAGAAAGUAUAUAGGUCCCUGCUCUUUAUGAAUUCUGACAAUUAUAGGUACUUUAUAGGCCUGCAAAAAUGCCUUGGUUUAUAUUCUGAAAAUGGUCAAUAUACAUCUGAUGAAAUUGAAAGAUUAGAUGCAUUGUAUAAAUCACUUAAGGAGCAAUACAGUUGGUCAUCUGCUGUUAAGCGAAUACCACUUGAUUAUUUAGAAGGUGACAAAUUUUGGGAGGCAGCAGACUGCUAUGUUAGGCCUCUAUUAACUAAGGGGGUUCCUUCAUUGUUCUCUGAUCUUAGCCCCUUGUAUGACCACUCUGGCAAGGCAAGCAUUCUUGAAGAGUUAUUACUUCAGCUGGAAGAUUCAAUUAGAAUGACUGGAUCCUUUCCUGGAAGGACACAAAAGGAGCCUCCUUCAACUCUUAUGUGGACUCUGCUUUUGGUUUCCCAGCAUUAUGACAGGCGGGGUCAACAUGAUAUUGCACUAGCUAAACUUGAUGAGGCUAUAGAACACACUCCAACCGCUAUUGAUUUGUACUCUGUCAAGGGAAGAAUAUUAAAACAUGCAGGUGAUUUAGCUGCUGCUGCUUCUUUGGCAGAUGAAGCGAGGUCUAUGGAUCUCGCUGACCGUUACUUAAACAGUGAAUGUGUCAUGCGUAUGCUUCAAGCUGAUCAGGUUGGGUUAGCUGAGAGGACAGCUGUGUUAUUUACCAAGGAUGGAGAUCAGCACAAUAACCUGCAUGACAUGCAGUGCAUGUGGUAUGAACUUGCUUCUGGCGAGAGUUACUUUCGCCAAGGUGAUCUUGGGCGAGCUCUGAAAAAGUUCUUGGCUGUUGAGAAGCAUUAUGCAGACAUGACUGAGGAUCAAUUUGACUUCCAUUCUUAUUGUCUGCGUAAAAUGACUCUGCGUGCUUAUGUGUCAAUGCUAAAGUUUCAAGAUAAGUUGCAUUCACAUGAGUACUUUCAUAGAGCUGCAGCAGGAGCUAUCAGAUGCUAUAUGAAGUUGCAUGAUUCUCCAAUCAAAGCAACAACAGAAGAGGGUGAUGAAAUGUCAAAGUUGCCUCCUUCACAAAGGAAGAAACUGAGACAAAAACAGAAAAAAGCUGAAGCCCGUGCAAAAAAAGAGGCUGAAGAAAAAACUGAGGAGGAAGCUUUUUCUGGCACAUCAAAACCUGGCAAGAGACAACAUACCAGACCAGUUGAUUUAGAUCCUCAUGGGGAAAAGUUAUUGCAGGUUGAGGAUCCAUUAUUGGAAGCUACAAAAUAUUUGAAGUUGCUCCAAAAUAACUCAGCAAGCUCAUUGGCAACACAUAUACUUUCUUUUGAGCUAAACAUGAGAAAACAAAAGAUUUUACUUGCUUUUCAGGCUGUCAAGCAGCUACUUAAGUUGGAUGAGAAUAAUCCUGAUUGCCACAGGUGCUUGAUAAGAUUCUUUGAUAAGGUUAGCAGCUUUCCUGCCCCAGUGACAGACUCAGAGAUACUGAUUCGGAAUGUCUUAGAAGCAGAACUACCAAAAAUAAGUCAGUUGCAUGGGAGGUCACUUGUUGAAGUUAACCAAUCUUUCCUUGAGAAGCACAAAGAUUCUUUGAUGCAUAGAGCUGCAGCUGCAGAAAUGCUACUUGUUCUGGAGCCAGAAAAGAAGCUUGAGGCAAUUAAGCUAAUUGAAGAUUCAACAAAUAAACUGGCACCAGUCAGGAAUGGGGCGCUUGGUCCAGUCAGGGAAUGGAAACUUGAAGACUGUAUUGCAGUCCACAAAUUGCUCGAAACAGUCUUUAUCGAUGAAGAUGCUGCUUCCAGAUGGAAAGCACGAUGUGUAGAAUAUUUUCCAUACUCGACAUAUUUUGGAGGCUGCAGGAGCUCAGCUGUUGCUUUUUCUGUAAAUCAUAACAUACAGAACGCACCAGAAAAUGGAGUUCUGGCCUAUCAAGAAGCUAAAAGUGAAGAGUCCCAUUCGUUGAAUGGAAAAUUGCAUGCCUUUAAGGACCUUACCAUUUAACAGUGUAGCCUGUUGUUUUUGGCUAACACCUGCACAGAGUUUAGAGGAGCUUGCUUGAUACCCACAGCAAGAGUUGCACAUGUAGAAUCCUGCUGCGCACAGGGAAGAAAUGGAAGAAUGCUCACCAGAGCACUGCUCUGGGACUUAUUGUCGGCAUAUUGCAGUAAGGGAUGUGGUUGACUUGAGACCUACAUCUCGAGUGGCUCUUUGUAUCACUGAUUAGUCUGUUAAUUGUAUUAAUAGUUCUCAUCAUGCAAAUGGUGGAAGGGGAUCUAUACCUUUUCAUCAUUCAAUCAGCUAUCUGGUGAUGGUGAGUUGAAGUAGCUUGGAGCUUUUUAUGCCUGCAGAGGAUUAGCGGUCAGCCAGCUCUAAGCAUAAUAUUCUUUAAGCAGCGGGUUGAUGAUGAUUGCCUGGUUGUAUUCAGCUCUUCAUGUGGACCACUCUAUGUGCGUAACCUGUGUUGCCAUUCAUUUAAAAUUUUGGCAUGAACAUGCUGUAUUAUUAUUUGGUCUUCAAAGAUGAAAAAUGUCAAAUCUGAGCUUCAAAUGCAUAGUCCUUCAUUCAUCA